UUUAACACAUCACAAACACAUGACAUUGUAACAUAAGGACAGUGUAUGUUUUAUUUUGUAUCUAUUUUUUUUUUUUAUCCUUUUUUUAUGCUUUUAUUUUGGGAGAACAUUGACAUCGGCUCUCUAGUCGUGGUCAUUGCUUGAAGCUGCUGAUUUCACACUGCUGAGAUCAUUCAGCAGAGAUGAGUGGUCCAGUGGCUCCUGCAGAAAGUGCACCUGUAGCAGUGUGGAUUGCAUUGAAGAGGCUUGACCUUAAUGAUGACCGAGUUAUAGCUCUGAGAGAAGUACAUAUUCCCAGAGGGACCAAAAUAACCACAGUGAGACAGAUUGUGGCUCAUUCUUUUAGACUGGAUGUUGAUCAAGUCACCUUUAAGGUUUUAACUAUUAUACGAAACAAUCAGGGCUUUUUGAUCCCUUUGAACGGCUGCAUACCUUUGAACGCCAAACAAAUGCCUCAUGUCUUGGAGGUGUCCAAGUAUUAUCAACAUGUUAAUGCAAACCCCAGAAACAUUGCAAUGACUGUGAUAAAUAAAAGCCUGAAGUCCAGACUACAAAGUAUUGUAAGAAGGAUUGAAAGACUGGAAGAUCUCCUACCUCAAAUCAAGCAGAAGCAGAAUGAGCAGAUGAUCAAGGACAUUGAACUUUUGAACCAAAAGCUGAAAUUCCUACAUAAAAGAAUGCAGAUGGCAGAGUCAUACUGCUGGGAGGGAAUGUUUAAACGAGCACCACUCUGGUGAUCAAUUUGUUUUCUGUACUCCAAUCCAAGCUCCCUCUGGUUGGAUGUUUUUCAAACAAUUCAAGUCUGUGCUCAAAAUGAUUUACCUAGUAAAAUAUUACUAUAAACGGUUAACAAGCAUUAGGGUUUUUAGGCUUUUCAAAAUUAGGCCCUUUUGUUACCUCAAAUAAACCGAUCAGGCAGAA